CAUGAGUGGCUCAAUGGAUGGAAGUCUUGAUGAUGGUCUCUCUCAGAAGAGUGGUGGGGAGAGAAGACAACUCAUAGCAGAAAUGAGGAGCCAGAACUUUGACGUGAUUCGUUUUGCCACCUACCGAUGCAGCUGUAAGCUGCGCUUCGUUCAAAAGAGAUGCAGUUUGCAUCUGGUUGACAUAUGGAACAUGAUAGAAGCGUUCAGAGAGAACGGUCUGAACACCAUGAGUUUAUCAGAUGAACUCUCAAUGAGCCGGGUGGAGACCAUUCUAUCCAGUAUCUAUUACCAGCUCAACAAGAGACUACCAGCCGUACAUCAGAUCAAUGUCGACCAGUUUCUAAGCUUGCUCUGUAACUUCCUGCAGACAGCUUAUGAUGACGGAGCCACAGGCAAGAUGACAGUCUUUGCCCUCAAGGUGGCGCUUUCUACAUUGUGUGCCGGCAAGCUGUCUGACAAACUGAGAUACAUCUUUUCUCAGAUAUCUGAUGGUAAUGGAAUCUUGAUACAUUCCAAGUUUGAUGAAUAUCUUAAGCUGGUUCUCCAGCUCCCUACAGCGGUAUUUGAGGGUCCUUCAUUCGGUUAUGAUGAAAACACUGCUAAGGCUUGCUUUGGGCAAGGACCAAGUGCGAAUCGUCGAGUAACCCUGAAUGACUUCCUAGAUACUGUGUUAGCUGAACCAGGUCCACAGUGUCUCAUGUGGCUCUCUCUCAUGCAUAGAAUGUCUAAUGUGGAGAACGUAUUUCAUCCUGUGGAGUGCAGUCACUGUCACAGUGAUAGUAUGAUGGGCUUCAGAUAUAAAUGCCAGCGCUGUUCAAAUUAUCAGCUGUGUCAGAACUGUUUCUGGAGAGGAUAUACCUCAGGAAACCACUCCACUGAUCAUGAAAUGAAAGAAUAUUCAUCCUAUGUACAGAAAUCUCCGGCAAAGAAGAUGGGUAAAGCUCUGAAGAAGCCGUUCAAAUCACCGUUAAAACAACCAAGAGUUCAACACUAUCCAGAAGAACCUGAAAGACCUCUCGACCUAUCUCACAUUGUGCCGCCUUCCCCCAUCACCAUAUUGACGUAUGAUAGUCCAGACAGUACUAGGAUACUACGCACAGAGGAGGACUUCAAGAAGAUGAACAACAGUCUUGACAGCGCCAGGUUAGAUGAUGAACAUAGACUCAUAGCAAGGUAUGCUGCAAGGCUUGCCAACGCCUCAGCUAAUCCGAACUCUGGUCCUGAACUUCCUCCUGGCUUGGAUGCUAACAGAGAACAGAGAGAGCUCAUCAUGCAGCUAGAAUCCAAGAACAGAGAGAUAAUGCGAGAAAUCCAGCGAUUACGACAGGAGCACGAUGAAGCUGUGAGGUCGUCGCACUCUCAACGUAACCCAACUCUCCUUGCUGAGCUACGACUCCUGAGACAACGCAAAGAUGAACUAGAACUCAGAAUGGCAGCUCUACAGGAGAGUAGGAGAGAGCUUAUGGUACAGCUAGAAGGACUCAUGAAACUACUUAAGAACCAUGGCUCUCCUAGGAACAGCCCCAACCACAGCCCCAGGCCUAACCAGCCUCUUACCCCAGGCUCUUCCACACAGCCUUCCAGGGCAGCUACCACUACAGACACUGUAAGGAAUGGUGAGCAAACUGGAGGAACAACUGGAUCAAGGAGUCUACGGAAUGAUUUACUUGUAGCAGCAGACUCAGUUACUAAUGCUAUGUCAUCACUGGUCAGAGAACUCAAUUCAGAGGAUGACCAGAACGAUGAUGAUGAUGAAGAGGAAGGAAACCCUUUGAAUACAAGCAAUGAUGGUGCAAUCCUUGUAGUAGAGGGGAAGAAUGCUUCGGGUGAGCCCAUUCUGAUCAGAGGGAGAAAACCGAACGGUAGAAACAGAGGGAUGUCUGAUCAAGAUUUUAUUGCUGAGCUGACUGCCAGGAAAGAAGGAAGAGCAAGAACUCAUCCUGAUGGAUAUGGUCAUACGGAUGAAGGUGAAUCCUACGGAAGAACUGAUGAUGAGAGUUAUGUAGCCACCACAGACGAUGCCGACUCCUAUGUGAGGACAGAUGAAGAGCUUAAUAUGAGAACCGAUGAUGAGUUCCAACGAUCGGUAACAGAUGAUGAACUCAGGGAAUCAACAAGGCUAGAUGUAAGCCAAGGACCCCCUGACCGUAAUAGUUUGACCAGGACCACGACAGAUGAGGAGGGUAAGAGAGGAACAGAUGAGGAGAACAGCCAUAAGGACAAUGUGCGCCGCUGGAUCAACAGAUAAAUCGAGAUUCAAGGUGUGCUUAUGUACAUGUAUGCUCCCUUGCUCUAUUAAUUUAAUACCAAACAAACUCAUCAACUUGUGAUUAGUGACCAACAGAGGAGAGUGAACCUUGAAACCAGUUGAAACCUGUUGAAACCUGUUGAAGACCUGUGGAACCCGAUCAAAAGCCAGCGAUGAGUUGGAACCAGUGGAUUCCAGUGGCAAAAUGUUUAUACCAAUGGAAAUCGGAUGAAAGCAGUUUGCAACCAGCUGAAACGAGCAGAAACCAGUUGAAACCAGUUAUAAGGAGUAUGGUGAUGGGAUAAGGUCAAAAGUAAACUGCAGAAGUAAGAAGCAGGACAUUAAAGUCUUCUUGUCAUUCAGCCGAUGCAACAAGUAAACCAUCAUUAGCAACAUUUAAUAGCUAAAAAUCACAAGCUGGUGGAACAAUUUGCGUGUCUGUAGUGUAAUAAGACAUACUUUACCAAUCCGAUGCACAUUUUCAUUUUUAUAUAUGAAUAAUGAUGUACAUGUACUGUAUACUGCUUUUGGCUGAUAAAAAGAUCUUUAAAUUCCAUUACCCGGUACUUGGGAUAUGUAUGGACAUUCAUAGAAGAGGUUAAAAAUUGUGUCCUGUAAUUUGAUUGAUAAUAGAAUUCAACAGAGUAUUCAUCAUGAUAUCGUUGUAGAGAGACAAAGAGAGAGAGAGAGAGAGAGAGAGAGAGAGAGAGACAGAGAGAAAGAGAGAGAGAGAGAGAGAGAGAGAGAGAGAGAGAGAAUGGAAGAGAGAUAGAGACCAACAAACUAAAGAAUGCGACCAUAAAAAAAAAUUAACCUGUCUAACUUACCUUCAAGAGAUAUUUUUCUAUCCUUCAAUUAUUUAAAAUCAAGUUUUAAUUGUAUUCAGCAUUAACUCUGCAAGAUACUUCUCUGAAAGACAUAACUUAUAAUCAUAAGAAACUCUGUAGAUACUUGACUAGAAGAUCAUAUUUUGUAUUACAUGUAUUAGAAUUACAUUAUAUCUGUAUCAUUAUGUUUAUGUAAUUGUUCCAUUUUUUCUAUGUUAGUUUUCAGAGUGUGCUUUUUCUGUGGGUCAAGAGGAAGCUACUCAUUGUUUAUAGAUGUGUGUUUGUAUGUAGUAUAGUAUACAUAGAUUAGGAAAAAUAUCAUGUCCUUUUCUCCCUGGCAUUAUCAGCUAUUUAUAUUCUGUACAUGUAUCAUUGUUUACACUUAUUUCUGCUCUGCUGUGCUUUCUUACUUUGUAUUUCAGUCACUUCCAGGGCCAAAAGGGAUGGAUGAUUUUUUUUUCAACGGAAUUGGUACAAACAAAUAUUUCCUUUACAAUUUAAAUAUUUGAGAUAUGUGUACAGAUGCUUUAGCCUCUUGGACAGAAAUUUAGUAAACUGUAUUUCUACUUUUCUGGUGCAAGUAUCACCAACUUAAGAUUAAAUUUCUUGUGUUGAUAAAGUACUACCAACUAGAGAUUAAUUGUCCUGUGUUGAUAAAGUAUCACCAACUUGAGAUUAAAUGUCCUGUUUUUGGAAAGUAUCACAGACUAUAGAUUAGGUUGUGUCAUCUUGAUUAUGUUAAUGUGCCAAAUAUAUAAUCAGUCCAUGAGACUUUAAGACCAAUGUACUACUUAAUUUACCGUAGAGCAGGGUAUAUAUAACCAGCUGCUGGCAAGUACUCCUCCACUGCCUCUUUCUAUCUACAUGUAUAGUAGUCAAAAGAAGCAUUUACAUCAUAAUCUAAGUUGGCUUGAAAGUGGGGGAAAAAUGCACAAGAAUUGAGAGACAAUUAUGAGUUUUAGAAAUCCUUUCCGGCACUUUCCAUCCACAUGAUCGCAGCUGCCAUUGAAAGCAUUAUUUAUUUCAUCCCUCGUACUAACUUAUUGUAUCAAAAUAAAUUUUUAGCUUAUAUUCAUGGAUGUACAUGCACAUGUAUGUAGUGUUUGUACAGUUAGGUCAAGAAUGUACCCGUAAUCAUUGUUUGUUUUUUUAAUUAGGUUUUUAAGUAUUAAAAGCAGAUUGUUUGUAAUGUGAGUGAAGUUAGUCUGCAAUGUUUAUCAUGUAUUGUGUAGCUAAUGAGGAUCCUUAUAUACCCAAAAUGUUGUUUGACCCAUUAUUAAAACCAGAAAACUCCUGCAACCUAGAACAUUUAUGGAUUGUGUAAGACGAUUAUUAACUGCAGCAAGAAACAUUUGAGAAUUGCAAAAGUUCACUGUUGUAUAAAGACAAAGGAUUCAUGAAUACAAAAAGAAAAUCUGUCUUUCCAGUGGACCAAUAGAAAGAAUCUUUAUUGAAAAACACAAAUAUGUUUACACACAUACAGGAAUGGGAAUUACUCUUGGCUUACCGGUAUAUAAGUAGAAAAAUUAAAACCAGUGGACUUAUUUUUAAAUAAAUUAUAUAUAUAUAUAUAAUAAUAAUAAUAAUAGGCAUUUCUAUAGCGCUGUCUAUCUAGAUAUUCUAUUCCGAGUCGCAUUUAUUAUUACUCCAGCUUUAGCCUAGCUGCCAUUACAGCGCUCCAUCAUUUCAAAGAAUUCCUGCCAGGUACCCAUUUACAUCACCUGGGUUGAGUGUGGCAAAUGUAGAUCAAUGUCUUGCCAAAGGACAUUAGUGCCGUGGCGGGACUCGAACCGCUGACCUUGUGAUCCACAGUCCGGGGACGUAUCCACUCGACCACGACACCUCUAUCUAUCAAUCCUUCCCUUGUGACAAUACAACCAUGGGCUGUCUUGUUUGUUUGUUAUGGGUCUUUUUUUCUUGGAAUAAAAAUAAAUGAUUAAAUUAGAAGGGAUUUUUUGGAAAGUACUUUGCUCCUUUGAAGCAGACCUAACUAAUUGACUUCUUGUUCAAUUGCAUCCGUUUUCAAUGUUUUUAUGAGACUGAUGCAUGUGUCAAGCAUUGUUUUAGAAAUGUAAUUAUUUGUUGUUGCAGAAAUUAUCAGUAUUUUAAAGGAGGAACCGUUCAUUACAUGUUUUUAACAACUUGUGUUUGUUUGUCUACAUGUAUAACUACAGAGCAAGUGAUUUUUGAUAUUUUUCAUGAGCAUAGUACUACAUAAUUAUAUGUACAUCUCUUUAUGGUAUGUUUGUAUUUACAUUGGUUUGAAGAAAUUGGCUGCCAUAUUACUUUUCCUUUUUUGUGGUGUGGAAUUUGACAGUGAGUAAUCAUUUUGAAGUCUUUUCUUUUAUCAUAAAUUACAUGAAUCUGCUUCAUGUUCUGUUUAAAUACGGUUGUACAGUAUGCAUUUUGAAUUGUACAGGGUCCUGUUUAUUUUUAAAAACGACAACUACUUAAAUGCACUUUAAGAAGUCUUAAGAUUGGCAGAGGCUGCAAGAACCACAAGCAAAUUCAGUUAAUUUUAACAGCCAGUAUUUCAGUAUGUUUUCAUCUGUAAUUAAGUGAGAGUUAUUUUAGUACCGGUAGUCAUUUGUAUUGGUGUAUCUUGCUACUUAAAUUCAUUUGAGGGGUUUACUAUAAAGGUGGACAAUUAUGUGAAUAAAGUUAGGUUUAACGUCAAGUAAAUCACCACAUAUGAGGGGGAAAA